UUCAUGCUACGUUUGCGACCAUUUCAACAAGGCCUGUGCCUCACACUCUGCCUCCACCCUCUCCUCCACCUGUUACCGCUCUCUCAGGACUGGACGAUCUGCUUCUCAGUUCAUUCGCGACUGGACAAACGAGCAUACAUGCGCUGCUUCGCCAAUAUAAGGAAUAUGCAGGACGCGUUCUGGCAACAGAGCUGGCUCAGGAGUCUCGGCCGACUCCACACCGACGCACCAACUUCGAAGGAAGCAGCGGAGUGUUGCUUGUGGCCCACUGUGCCCAGGAUCCGACCACCAGAGCGCGCCAUGUAAGUCUGGCCUCAGGAUUCGCAGUCCGCGAUAAACGGGGGAGAACUUUAUCGUGACUUGUGCGCACACCCUAGAGGAGAUCCGUCGCUCCCCGCUGUUGUCUGACGGCGCCGGAAUCUUCUGUCUGGCUCGUUUGUAGUCACCACGUCGCCCGAGGCGGACGAUCUGGUGCUUAUUCCCGUAUUGGGCAUAGAAUCUUCACUCCCUCGAUCAGAUUUACUACUCCUCAGUGUGCCGCCAUCCAGUGUUCGUAUGGCACUCCGAACGCUCCCUGUAUCGCCCUACCCUGCGCUCCGGAAUACUUCUCUUCGAGCGCACUUUCUCUGCGAUGAUCCUAUCCGGGGCGAGUGGAGGAAUUGUCAGGUCUUGGGCUAUAAGGACUCGGCCGGCAGUGAAGCGGAGCCGGGCACGUAUGAUGCAUUGUCGCACAUGUUCUUCUCCGCUCUGCCGACAUCUGGAUCCAGCGGAGGCCCCAUCGUCGAGGAAGAGAGCGGUGCUGUCGUCGGUGUCAUUUUGGGCUCGAGAAUGGACAACAGAGUCGAGGGGACCCGUGGCUGGGGCGUCCCUGCUGAAGCGCUGUAUGAGAUGUUCAAAUUACCUGGCGUCACUGUCAGAGCGCCUUGAAGACAAUCCUCGGACAAGCUCCUGGAUGGUUCAACAUGAUGCAUGUAUACUGAUAGAUCCCGGUCGCAGUGACGACUGAGUCGUAAAUGCUUAUCAUGGCUGGCUUCCGUGUCCCCUCCAAGUACAGUGUUCCAUGAAAGCGGAAUUCUUGUCGAGUGAAUUUCUCGCUCUCUCGAUCACCCAUUUCUGGGUUGAGCACCGUUGUUCCUCCCUAGAAAGGGGGCAAAAAGGCCUCAGCGG